AUGGCAAGAGAUUCAUGGUCUGUUCUACCGACUGAUCUCUUAAGCUUAGUGUUAAACCUUGUCUCGUUUCACGAUCUCGUUCGUCUUACUGCAGUUUGCAAAAGUUGGCGGCAGCCUGUCCUUGAUGGCCUUCAACGGCGCCACCCAAACCUGCCAUGGAUAAUUUCCUUUGAUAAUGGAAAAUUCAGAAAAUUGGAUCUUUGUGAUCCAUGGCUCAAAAAAUCCUACUCUCUUGUAAAAACCAUAAGGCGAGAUGGUGUAAAGAAAUUAUUACUUGGCACCAGUGCUCAUGCUUCGAAAUAUGGUUGGUUGCUUUUGUCAAAACAAGAGGUAAAGUCUCAUGGUUCGAGUAGCAUAUCCUAUUUGUUUUAUAAUCCUUUUUGUAAUAAGAUCAUCAAACUACCUCCUUUAUAUCUGAGCAAGGAUAAACAUGCAUCGAAAGCCAUGUUUUCGACUACUCCAACUGCUCCUGAUUGUGUUAUCUUUGUCCUGAGUCAAGUAUUUGUCACUAGAGAAAAAAAGGUGAUUUACAUGUUGAGCACAUGUAAAGAUAAAAAAUGGACUAGUUUUCUAACUACUGAUGGUUGGGGUGGCAGCUACGUUCAAGAUGCGGUCCAUAUGGAUGGAAAGUUCUAUUGUGUUUUUAACCAGCUAUAUAGGUCAUAUUUUAAGCUGGGUAUCUUCAAUGUUGCACUUCAAGAAUGGAGCAUAGAGCAGUACUAUUGGCCGGAAGGGUGGUUUAUGCAGAACAGGUCUAUGCAUUACCUGAUUGAGUUCGAUGGAGAGCUCUUCUUGGUAACUACUCCAUGUAGUUUUUCUUGGAAGAUAUGGCAGUUUGAUCGGUCAAGAAAGACCUGGACGAGAACUAAAAGCUUGGGCGAUCGAGUAUUGUUUCUGAAUCACAUGCCUUCUUCCCCAUCAUCAAUGGCAGCUGUGGGGGAAGCUAUGGAAUUUGCAAACAUGAUUGUUCAUCUUGGUCGCUCUGGCUACAAGACUUUUACUUGCAAAGAUGAUCAAGGCGAUUGGACACAUCAUCAAACUCGUGACUGGUAUCGUCGCCCUGAACACUCUUUUUGGAUUGAUAGCCCUAAUUUUCAAACUUGA